AUGGCAUCGCAGAAACGCGGCGGGGGGUUUAACCACUAUGGUCGCGACCAAAAUGCCAAGAAACAUCAGCCCCAGCAUCGCAAUCCACCACCGCCUGAGCUUUCCUCAAAAGACAUGCAAACAGGUCUCGUCGCACUGCUGGAUCGCUUCGUUGCCGACGAGACAAAAUGUGGUGCAGACAAAGAAGCUCUCCACCACGCCAACGAGCUCCGCCGACUGCUAUGCGCCCGCGACAACACGACUUCCUCACACGCCAAGCGUGAACUCGACGAGAAACGGCCUGACAAGGCUGUGAAGGUGGCCAUACCUGACUACGUAGACCGCAAAGUCCGCGCCGCCAAAGACCUGCCGCCUCUCCCUCCCAUUAGCGAACCCCACCUCCACGAAGCCGUCUUCACCCAUCGAUCCGCCAUCUUCGACCCAAGCAUCCCUGGCUCCGCGUUGGGUCAAGAUCUCAGCCUAGACUACGAACGUCUAGAACUUCUUGGUGACGCCUACAUUGAACUCAUUGCCUCCCGCGCUCUCUACAACCGCUUUCCGCAUGUUGACGUGCCCGAGUUGUGCAUGUGGCGCGAACGCCUCGUUGAGAAUUCGACCCUGGGCAAAUUCUCCCAUGCCUAUGGCUUUCCAGAUCGACUGAAGCACCGCGCCAUGUGGGACAAAACCUCCAAACAGUACCAAAAGGUAGUUGCCGACAUAGUCGAGGCAUAUGUCGCCGCCGUUGUGCUCUCAGACCCGGACAACGGCUUCGAGACUGCCGAAGCAUGGCUUACCGAGCUAUGGGCACCACAACUGCUGGGCUUCCGAGAAAAGAUCAUUGAGAACCCGCAAGCGCGCAACGAGCUUAAUAGGCUGGUUCUUGGCAAAGACGUCAAGCUCAUCACAAAGGAAGAGAAGCCGAUGAGCUACGACGAGAACAGCAUUCAGUGCUAUUACAUUGGCAUUUACCUCACCGGCUGGGGAUACAAGGACGAGUGGCUUGGUAGUGGACAUGGGCAGAACAAGGUUCAGGCUGGAGUUGCUGCAGCUGCUGAUGCACUGAAGCGAGACAGACAUUCAAGUCAAGAAGCGGAAGAAGGAAGACGAUAG